AUGACUGAUAAUAAUAAUAAAUUCCAGGCCGUCACUGAGUCUGCUGCCGCUGCUGCUAAUUUCCAACAGAAUCCAUAUGGGCCAAACCCUGCUGAUUUCUUAUCGAAUGUCAACAACUUUCAACUGAUCGACUCCACCUUGAGAGAAGGUGAGCAAUUCGCUAAUUCGUUCUUCAGCACCGAGAAGAAGAUCGAGAUCGCAAAGGCAUUGGACGAUUUCGGUGUUGACUACAUCGAGCUGACUUCUCCCGUGGCUUCCGAACAGUCGAGGAAAGAUUGCGAAGCCAUCUGUAAAUUGGGCUUGAAGGCUAAAAUCUUGACCCACAUCAGGUGCCAUAUGGACGACGCUAAAGUUGCCGUGGAGACCGGCGUCGACGGUGUCGAUGUUGUCAUCGGUACUUCGAAAUUCUUAAGACAGUACUCCCACGGCAAGGAUAUGAACUACAUUGCCAAGAGUGCGAUCGAAGUCAUCGAAUUUGUCAAAUCCAAAGGCAUUGAGAUUAGAUUCUCAUCUGAGGAUUCGUUCAGAAGCGACUUAGUCGAUUUGUUAAACAUUUACAAGACCGUCUCCAAAAUCGGUGUCAACAGAGUAGGCAUUGCUGACACGGUCGGCUGUGCCAACCCAAGACAAGUGUACGAACUAGUCAGAACUUUGAAGAGUGUCGUCUCGUGCGACAUCGAGUGCCAUUUCCACAACGAUACCGGCUGCGCAAUUGCCAACGCUUACACCGCUUUGGAAGGCGGUGCCAGACUGAUCGACGUCUGUGUUUUAGGUAUCGGUGAAAGAAACGGCAUUACGCCGUUGGGUGGUCUAAUGGCGAGAAUGAUUGUGGCUAGUCCACAAUACGUCAAGUCCAAAUACAAAUUGCACAAGAUCAGAGAUAUCGAGAAUCUGGUCGCAGAGGCAGUAGAGGUGAAUAUCCCAUUCAACAACCCGAUCACUGGCUUCUGCGCGUUCACACACAAGGCAGGUAUCCAUGCGAAGGCCAUUCUGGCCAACCCUUCGACUUACGAAAUCCUGGACCCACACGACUUCGGAAUGAAAAGAUAUAUUCAUUUCGCAAACAGACUUACCGGCUGGAAUGCCAUCAAAUCGAGAGUCGACCAAUUGAAUCUGAAUCUAACGGAUUCUCAAGUCAAAGAAGUCACAGCAAAGAUCAAGAAGAUGGGCGAUAUCAGACCACUGAAUAUCGACGACGUAGAUUCAAUAAUCAAAGACUUCCAUUCUGGAAUCACUACCCCAGCAUUGAAACCAGCAAAAGAAAACGAGCCAAUCGAGGACUCAGUCGACAUUCUACUCGACCCACAAGGCCCAGCAUUCAAGAAAGCAAAAACCGUUGCCAAGUAA